AUGAUGGAGCUCCUAGAGGAAGAUCUUACCUGUCCCAUUUGCUGUAGCCUGUUUGAUGAUCCUCGUGUCCUGCCCUGUUCACACAAUUUCUGCAGAAAGUGUCUGGAAGGAAUUCUUGAGGGAAACAUGCGGAAUGUGCUUUGGAGGCCACCCCCUUUCAAGUGCCCCACGUGCAGGAAGGAAACUCCCGUUACUGGAGUCAACAACUUGCAAGUCAACUAUUCCCUGAAAGGUAUUGUGGAGAAGUAUAACAAAAUCAAAGUAACUCCGAAAAUGCCUGUGUGCAAAGUGCACAGCGGGCAACCCCUUAACAUUUUUUGCCGGACAGACAUGCAGCUGAUCUGUGGGGUUUGUGCCACCCGUGGUGACCAUACAAAGCACGUUUUCUGUUCGAUUGAAGAAGCUUAUUCCCAGGAGAAGCGGGCUUUUGAAACCCUGUUUCAGGGCUUUGAAACUUGGCGUUGUGGAGAUGCCCUCUCACGGCUGGAUACCUUAGAAACCAGUAAGAGGAAAGCUCUGCAGAUGCUGACCAAAGAUUCUGACAAAGCGAAGGAGUUCUUUGAGAAGCUGCAGCACACGCUGGAGCAGAAACGAAAUGAGAUUCUCUCUGACUUUGAGACCAUGAAGCUUGCAGUGAUGCAGGCCUACGAUCCGGAAAUCAAUAAACUGAACACAAUUCUGCAAGAGCAACGGAUGGCUUUUAACAUCGCAGAGGCCUUCAAAGAUGUGUCUGAGCCUAUUAUAUUUCUGCAACAGAUGCAGGAGUUCAGGGAAAAAAUUAAGGUGCUCAAAGAAACCCCUUUACCUUGUUCCACUGUGGACAUCAGCCCUACAAUGAAGAGCUUUGAUACCAGCCAGUGGAAUGGAAUAAAACUAGUUGAUGUGGACAAACUUUCCUUGCCUCAGGAGAACAACACUUUUAAAUUCAAGAUUCCCUCAGUCUUUUCACGAAGAUUUAUAGUGAACUUACUUAUUUGCUUGCUUAUUCUUGCUGCCACCAGAAUGUCCUUUGUGGAGUCAGUCGUUGACAAUCUCCAGUGCUGGAAAUCUCAAUUCUUUACAAUUAGCUUGUCCUAUUUGGCAGAUACAGUGGAGAUAGCAGAUCAUGCAGUCUUUUACUGGGAACAGAUGACAGAUGGAGCUUCACUUCUAAGAGAAAAGUGUAAAAACUAUACAUUGGUUGUACUGGAUAAUGUUGCACAGUUUGUGUGCAAAUAUAAACUGUUGUGA